ACUCAAUCAUCCACGAUGGAGGAAAUCCAGAGAAAACUGGACCAACGCUAUGAAAGCACCAAGCCCAGAAAGGUGAGGUUCAAGCUGGCUUCGUCCUACAGUGGUCGGGUGCUGAAGCAUGUAUAUGAGGACGGUCAGGAGCUGGAGAGUCCAGAAGAGAAAUACCCUCACAGUUUUGUGCACCGCAAGAUCCCUCCCAGCCACCUCGAGAUGGAGCAGCUCCUUGGGUUUGAGGAUACUCAUGGGGACCAACAGGGUGUCUACCCUCCAACAGGACUUAUUGCCCAGAGAAUAAAUGUGUACAGAGGAAUGGGCAGCUACAAGCAUGCUGCAGAUCAGACUGAGGAAGCAGAGGGAGAUGCCACAUCCUCAGUGUUGGACUUUGGCAAAAUCAUCAUCUAUACCAGCAAUCUGCGCAUCAUCAGAGCACCGCAGAGGAAGCCUGAAGUGCUGCGGCACCACACAGUGCCUCCAGUGGACAUGGAGGGAUACCCAAAGGUCAGGGAGAGGGGGAGCAGGAGGAGGGCUAAAGCUCUUUGCACACAAGACGGGGAGGAGAACAAGGAGAAACAGAUCAGCGACACAGAGACCAGGGAGGCCGACAGCUGCCAGCAUUGUGGCGGUUCAGGCUGCGCUCCCUGCUCUCUGUGUCACGGCAGCAAGCUGUCCAUGCUGGCGAACCGCUUCAAUGAGUCCAUCAGUGAUCUGCGUUGCCAAGCCUGCUACCCCCAUGGUCUGGAGAAGUGCCAGUCCUGCUCCAGCAAAUAGCACUGUUUGGCUGACACCCAUGUCUGGCAGGGAGAGAGUGAGUGAAUGAGAGUGUGUAGCUGUGUGUCUGGAGUGUAAGCCUGAUGCGCUAUCAGUUCGUCAGGAUUGUCUAAGCUGCAAUAUUGCUCUAAUCCAAAAUGUUCUUGGUGGGGUGUUUCGAAGCACAAGUAGGAAACCUAAGCCAUCACUGGAAAAGGGAAUUGUGACAGCGGGCACAAAAUCAUAAAAUGCAAUUACCGUGUGCAGUGAACAUGGCUUGCGAUAACACAAACACAUAAUCACUUUUUUGUUGUCACAUUAUUUUGCAUCUGUGCACUUCUCCCUGAUAAAACCGGGUUCAGCAUCAGAGUUAUCAUUUUAAUUAAAAUGAUGCAAACAUUUUGCUUUUUAUUUCAUCUACUGGGAAGGCCGCCCUGUUCCAGUCUCAUCUCUCUAUUUACCAGAAAGAAUAAACCUUUUAUGCCCCAACAUGAGUUACCGUAUGAGGGUAAUUGAUGUUUUCAUUUUUUUUUUUCAAAACAGAGGGAGAAGAAGGAGUUUGAGAUCGAAAGAGAAAAUAGUGAGAAAUGAGAGUGAAAGAGUCAAAAGAGGACAGUUUCAUGAAUUUUUACAACAGAAAUUCAAUUUAACUAUGAAUAAAAGUGCCCAACGAUGGCAAAAUGCACCAGGAUGAUACAGAAGCAUUGUUGAGCAUUAUGAUUUUAUCAUUUUGAAUCUUUUUUUUGUUUGAAAGCAUUAGAGAUGAGAUAGAGAUAAAUAGGAAAGCAUAUUAGGUAAAUAACUGACAAUCGAAGUCAGCUCAGGAGGUUAAAUGAUGGUGAUUAUGAAGAUGUUUUUUUUAUUAAUAACUGCUUUCUCAGGUUUUUGCCAUUCUAAAUUGUUUCAAAGCUUUAUCCACACAGAUCUGGUAUAUGAAUGAAAUAAAAUACCUAAUCAAUUUUUAACAUCUUAUCUUUUCAUUGUGUCCAACAUCUGCUCUUUGAAUGUAUUGUAUUGUAGUAGUAAUAUUAAUAAUUAUUUUUUUUUGGAUAAUCAUAUAAAAACA